AUGCAAAAGGAAGAUUUUUCAUUCGAUGUAAAUAAAAUUUGUCGGCUGUGCUUGCAGCAGCUCCAGGAUGGUUCAUUUUUGGAUAUUUUUACUAUAAAUCUCCCAGUGAGUCCGCUGACAAUGCUUAGCCGCUGUGUAACGAUAGAAAUCUACGAAAAAGAUGGAUUACCUUCGGCAAUGUGUAACAAUUGCUAUUACCAGUUGGAAACGGCAUUCGAAUUUCGCAAUCGGUGUGAAUCUUCCGAUCGAAAGCUGCGCGAGUAUCAAAACAUUCCCAAUGGCGAUGGCAAAAACGAGUUAUUGUUAUCUAUUAACGAGCAAAACGGAAACAGUAGCAAAGAGGAUGACAUUUACGCUGCCAUGUCGGAAAUUUUCGGACCGGAAGAGGAAACAGCCCCAAUAAUGACCCCCCAUACACUGAGCAAACUGCUUGAAGAAGCUCCAAAAGAACAGCCCGAAAUCGAAAGCGCAUCUUCCAAACCACCGAAAGUUAAAAUUAAACGACAAAUCAAGAGAAAAGCCCAGCUCGACAAGUUACUCGAAAAGCACAAGGAAAAACUAUGGCUCGACAGUACCAAGACGAAAAUAUUUCGCCAACGGCAAACGAUACCCAGACGAUCAGCGCUUGGCAGAAAGGGGGAAAAGUCUCGGAAAGCUUUUGAUGUUGAAGAAAGGCCAAAGCCGGGUGAAGAAAAUCCCUUUAAAUGUACCGUUUGUCAGCAACAUUUUUCCCGUUCCAGUUACCUUCGGCUGCACCAGCGCAUCCAUAGCAAUGAACGUAAUUUCCAGUGCGAAGUAUGUAGCAAAUUAUUCCGUACGUCUAGCAAUCUCCAUGCACAUCUUAAAAUACACACGGGCGAAAGAAACCACUUUUGCACCGUGUGUAAGCGAGCAUUUCGUACGGCACGCGACUUGGCAAGCCACAGCGAAACGCACAGCGAACAGAAAGGCUAUGUGUGCCAGAUUUGUAGCAAAGGGUUCGUUAAGCAGUCGUACCUGAACACGCACAUGAACACUGUGCAUGUGGGACUGAAGCGUUACCGGUGCCAGGAGUGUGGGAAACAGUUUUCCAACAGCUCCAACCUAAUAGCGCACCGGCGUAUACAUACCGGCGAGAAGCCGUACCAGUGCGGUGAGUGUGACUCAAAGUUCAAUCAAUCGUCCGCCCUGACACGCCAUAUGCGGCAGCAACAUCGACCAGUUCCACCUACCCCGGAACCGAUACCGCCGCCGGUUAACCGUGAAAGCGAACCGGAGGAACUGUCGAUCGAGGUGGAUGAAAAUCGUUCGCUUGAAAGUGCCGCCAGUUCGGAGCUUUCGGUUGCGACAUCCUUGAUGGACAGUCAAUCCUUCUCGUACGGUGGUAUGCCGUAUGCGCAAACAUUUGUUCCUCAACCACCAACAUCACCACAACCGCCAGCCCAGUCCGCGCAACACUUUGGCCAUGUGUCGCACCAACAUCACCAUCUACAUCAUUCGCAUCUGGCGCCUGGUCAGCAGCAUCAUCCCUACCCACAUCCACACCAUCACCGGCAUCACCAGCAGCAGCCCCAUCACCAUCAUCAUCACCAUCAUCACCAUUCGCAACCGAUCAUUCACCAGUCGAUGACGGUUAAUCAACCUGCGGCCAAUCUGUACACGACCGACUAUCUGCCCCCAUACCACUCGACGGCCCUGCCCAGCACGCAGCAAACGCACUACGAGCUCGGUGGGUACGAUAUGUGCUACAGUAUGCCAGCCUCAACCGUACUGAAUCCUAGUCUGAUGAACCCACAGCCGACGUACAUAUUCGAUCAGUGACGGGUAUGAAAAAGUAUCUGUAA